AUGUAAGUCGAGACAUUCAAGGAUUAACUCUAAGCAAAAUUACGAUAAAAAAGCUCACCUUAAAAUGAAAAAGGAUUAAUACUAUUAUAGUCCAUUGAAAACAAUCUUAACCUUGAAUAAAGAACAAAUCCUACUGCAUAUAUUGCACAAUUGAUUAAUUUAUUGAAAUCUACCAAAGAAGGUUAGGAUGUUAUUAUUUUGCUAAUUUAUAAAGUAAUGCAAAUCUCUAUCAAAUUUAGAUAUUACCAUCAGUUCCAAUUGUCGUCGUAAGAAAGUUAAUUUCUGCUUUAUUAGAGGAGAUAGGAAAAGCCUAAUUAGAUAAUUUAAGUGUUGGUGUUUUUGGUUAAAUUUUAAUAUUAUCAUCUAAAGAAGUAAAUGAUAUUCUCUAUUAAAGGAUUUAAACUCACCAAAAAUGCAUCAAUUGUUUAAUCUUUUAUUAUAGUAAACUAUAAGUGAUAAAAAAAAACUCAGAAAAUAAGCAAUAAAAACAUUACAAUCAUUUUAUUAAUAAAAAGCAUUAGAUAUUCAAUAGAUUCCUGAAAUAAAUGAAAGACUUAAAACUCAUUUAAAAAUAAAUUUACAAGAAAAUAAUGAAUGUGCAUAACAUUCACUAACUCUUUUAGCAUCUCUUAAUAAUCUCAUUCCUUACUCUAUUCUUGUUGAUGCAUUGUAUGUAAUAAUCGAAGAGAUUUAAAAUAUGGAUAGCAAAUAUUAUCCAUUUAUUUUUCUUUCUUUAGAAGUAAAUUUAAUUUAUAAAUAUAUUUAGUAAGUACUUUAAUAAAAUGUUGGAGCAGAUUAAGCUGAAAAAUUAAUAUAAUAGUUAAAUUAAAUACAACCAGAAGAAGUUAAUGCAUAACAUGCUUAUAUUUAGUGUAUUAGAUAAUGUCUAAUUACAUUAAGUUAGAGUUCAUUAUCUUUAGCUGCAUCUUAUUUACCAUCUACAUUAUCUAAUAUGGCAGAGUUACUCUUACAAAAUAAUUAAAAAUUAAUGCAACAUUGCAGAUUAGAAAUGAUGACCUUAAUUGAGAAAAUAGGAAAAGCAACACUAUCUCUUAAACAAGAUUUGGCUGAAGAUAUUAUGAAUUUGGAAUUAGAAAGUGCAGGAACAUUAUAAUAGAAAUAUAUAGCUACUUUAACAUAUUUAUUUAGUAAUAGAUUUGAUCAUGCUAAUAUACUUGAUGUUUUUGCUAAAUUCUUUGCUACUAUUGAUGAUAAAACAUUUGAACAUUGUAAAGAAAUAAUAAAAGAAUUUGUACAUAAUAAGAGUAGAUGGCCACAUGUAUAUUUUGAAAAGACAUUUGGUUAAUUAUGUAAUGGAGUGAGUAUGUCUAAUUUAUUACGCACAUUUCCACUUAAAACAGAAGGAGUCAAUCCUUUAGAUAAAGAUUUUGAUGAAAAAUCAAAUUGUUGGAUUUUAUAUAUAUUAAGUAAAUAUGCUAAUCCAAAAUUGGAAGAAUUCCUUGAUUUCCUAUUUCCAUUAACUAAUUUGUUAUCUUUAGCAUCAAAUGCAAAUCCAUCUCAUGAAUAAAAAAUCAUUUAAAAUAUACUUUUCCAUGUAUUAGAAAUAGCAUCAAACUCAAAAGUAACUAAUGAUUCUUAAAAUCAUCCAAAACUAGCUUAAUUUAUUGAAUUGACAUUAAAUUAUUUAAAAAAAGAACAUGUAUUUUUUGAAAAACUCUUAUUAAUGAUUGCUAAAUUGUUUUCAUAAUUAGUAACAUUUUCAUCAUUAUAAAAUUUUGCAAAAUAAUACAUUUCAACUUUGGCUAAAUUAGUUGAAUAAAAUAAUUGCACUCACACAUUAAAUGCUAUUAAAGUUAUGAGCUUUGCAGCACCUAAAUAAUAUAUACAAGAAGCUUUUAAGAAAAAUAUGGAUAAGUUAUUAUCAUCCAAAGAUAAAUUAGAUGAUAAAGCCUUAAAUAAUAUGGAUAUAGUGUUAUAAGUUGUAAGUGCCUAAUAAAUGACUUCAGAUCUUUGGGAUUACUGUAUUAAUUUUACAAAGGAAAUGAUCAACAUACCUAUUAUUUAAAAAAAAAUAUAUAAAUUCUUAGCAGCUAUAAUACCAAAAGUUCAUCAUACUUUUUUAGCUGAAGUAUAUAAUUUAGUUUUAGAAGCUGAAUGUGAACCUAGUUCAAGAUAAAAAAGAUUUUAAGUAAUUUUAUAAUUGGAAUAAUAUGUAAUUUCUAAUUUAGAUAGCUAUUAAACAUUUAUAUAAUAGUUUUUACCUGAAAUGGUAGUUGCAAUCAGAGAUAAUAAUAUUAAGACUCGUAUUCUUGCUGAAAAAUUGAUAGAAAAUAUUGGAUAAAGAUUAUUAGGAUUAGAUUUAUUAGAUUAAUUUAUAUCUAUGGUAUUUGCAGGAUUGGCAGCUUAAUCAAAUGUUAUGAAAGCUGAUGCUGUUGCUACAAUUUCACUCUUAGUAGAUAAAUUUUAUUAAAAUUUAAAAGGUGAAUUCAUAGAUGAAAUGACAAAAUUAAUUUUAUUAUUGUUGAAAGAAUAAAACAAUGAAAUUUUUAAAUCCAUAAUUUUAUAUGUGAAAGUAUUAAUCAAACAUAGACAUACAUUGAAUUCAUAGUUAUUCACUUAAUUACUUAAUUUAGAUGAAGUAUCAAGAGAUAAAAAUAUUAUAAUAUUAAAAAGAUUGUUAAUGAAACUUAGUAAAGCUUAUCCUGCUACAGCUGAAAGUUUAAUACCAUAAGAACAUAUUAAAUUAUUUAAAAAUGCUAUAAAAAUAGAGAAAUAAUAGAAAAAAAAGAAAAAUAAAAGAGAUUAGGAGAAAGAAUUGAAUAAAUAAAAAUGGUAAGAAAAAAAACAAAAAUAACAAAAAGAUUCUGAUCUUGAAAGUGAUGAAGAAUCUGAAUAGGAAUUAGGAACAAAGCCAAAGUAAUAAUAAGGAGGUAUGGAAACUGAAGCAGAAGUUGAAAAUAAUCUAUUAUUAAAGUAUGAUUUUAAGAAAGAGUAAUUCCAUUUUGAAGAUGCAAUAAAAUAAAAAAAAAAAAUUUAAGAAAAGGAAUAAUAAAAAUAAUCUACUAUUAAACCUUUAGUUGAGUAUAAGGAUGGAAAGGUGAUUGUAAAUGAAUAAAAAGAAGUAUUGGGUUAAAAGCGUAGAAGAGAAGCUGCAAAUAGUGAUGAUGAAGAACAUGCUUAAAAGAAAAUAACAAGAAAUGAUCGAAAAACAAAGGAUGUUGUACAUGUAGUAAAAGAAAGUGGUUCUACAUUUAAAUCAAAAUAAAAGGCAGGUGGUGAUGUAACUGUAAAAGGAAGACCUGAACCAUUUGCUUUCAUAUAAUUAAAUCCAAAAGUAAUCUUUAUUCAUAUCUCUAAUUUUAGGCUCUCAAUAAAAGAUUCAAGAAUCAAGCUAGCAAAGCAUUUGAAGAAGUAUUUUCAAAAAAAUCAGGUGCCCUUAAAGGAGUAAAGGCACAUAAAUGAAAGUG